CUUAGGUGACGCCGGACGCGCCGCUUAGGGACGCGGGCGCGCAAGGCAGCAGGAGUUGUUUCCGGCAGUGUCGGUGUUCUAGCUUGAUUUGAGGCGGCGGCGGAGGAAGGAAGAUGGAGACGAUUCUGGAGCAGCAGCGGCGCUAUCACGAGGAGAAGGAACGGCUCAUGGACGUCAUGGCUAAAGAGAUGCUCACUAAGAAGUCCACGCUCCGGGACCAGAUCAAUUCUGACCACCGCACACGGGCCAUGCAAGAUAGGUAUAUGGAAGUCAGUGGGAACCUGAGGGAUUUGUAUGAUGAUAAGGAUGGGUUACGAAAGGAGGAGCUCAAUGCCAUUUCCGGACCCAAUGAAUUUGCUGAAUUCUAUAAUAGACUCAAACAAAUAAAGGAAUUCCACCGGAAGCACCCAAAUGAGAUCUGUGUGCCAAUGUCAGUGGAAUUUGAGGAGCUCCUGAAGGCUCGAGAGAAUCCAAGUGAAGAGGCACAAAAUUUGGUGGAGUUCACAGAUGAAGAGGGAUAUGGUCGUUACCUUGAUCUCCACGACUGUUACCUCAAAUACAUUAACCUGAAGGCCUCUGAGAAGCUGGAUUAUAUCACUUACCUGUCAAUCUUUGACCAGUUGUUUGACAUUCCUAAAGAAAGGAAGAAUGCAGAGUAUAAGAGAUAUCUGGAGAUGCUGCUUGAGUACCUUCAGGAUUACACAGAUAGAGUGAAACCUCUCCAAGAUCAGAAUGAACUUUUUGGGAAAAUUCAGAAUGAGUUUGAGAAGAAGUGGGAGAAUGGUACUUUUCCUGGAUGGCCGAAAGAGACAAGCAGUGCCCUGACCCAUGCCGGAGCCCAUCUUGACCUCUCUGCAUUCUCCUCCUGGGAGGAGUUGGCCUCCCUGGGUCUGGACAGAUUGAAAUCUGCACUCUUAGCUUUAGGCCUGAAGUGUGGCGGGACCCUAGAAGAGCGAGCCCAGAGGCUAUUCAGCACCAAAGGAAAGUCCCUGGAGUCACUCGACACCUCUCUGUUUGCCAAAAAUCCCAAGUCAAAGGGCACCAAGCGAGACACUGAGAGGAACAAAGACAUUGCUUUCCUAGAAGCCCAGAUCUACGAAUAUGUAGAGAUUCUUGGGGAACAGCGACAUCUCACUCAUGAAAAUGUACAGCGCAAGCAGGCAAGAACCGGAGAAGAGCGAGAGGAGGAGGAGGAAGAGCAGAUCAGCGAGAGCGAAAGUGAAGACGAAGAGAACGAAAUCAUCUACAACCCCAAAAACCUGCCCCUUGGCUGGGAUGGCAAACCCAUUCCUUACUGGUUGUAUAAGCUUCAUGGCCUGAAUAUCAACUAUAACUGUGAGAUCUGUGGAAACUACACCUACCGAGGUCCCAAGGCCUUCCAGCGGCAUUUUGCUGUAAGGAAUUCAGAGCCAUUUCUCCUGGACGUUGAAGAUAUACCUUCUAAUCAUGUCAAGUUUAUUAAUUCCCUAGUCAUCCUGGUCAUUAAGACUCCGCCUUCCAAUGUGGAGGUGUGGGCCAAGCUGAAACUGCAGAAGGCAUCGGAACGAUGGCAGCCUGACACUGAGGAAGAGUACGAAGACUCCAGUGGGAAUGUUGUGAAUAAGAAGACGUACGAGGAUCUGAAAAGACAAGGACUGCUCUAGUGUUCAGGGAUGUUUCUCAGCUGUGGGGCUAGCCCAAUCUUCCUUAAGAUCUGCUUUUUCUAUUUCUCCCAGCCAAACGCUCCUAAAGACUCUUUGCUACUUAGUCUUACGGACUAGCAUGCAUCUUGUAGAAGCAAGGCAUGCUGGCAUAUUGCAGGGUUGAGGUGUGUUUUAUCUUUGUUUUAUAUUAAAAAAGAUUCUGUUGGAAAAUAAAACCAGCCCUUGU